UCCCACACGCAGAUGCAGAUGCUCACUCUCUCUCUCACACACACACGCACACCUUCGCCUCCUCCUCUCCUCCGUAUCCACCGGCAACUGCGCCUUUUGCGGGCUGCCUCCCUGAGCCCGCGCCCCGCGGAUCCCAUCACUCGACUAAUUAGCCUGGAAGUGCUGUUGAAGAUCAUCAUAUUUAGCUUGCCGACCCAGCAGCGGAGUGCAGACAGAUAUAGACCGGUCUGGCUGCAGGCUGAGUGCCUGGCAGUGGGCAGGCUCUCUCUAUCUCCCUCUAUUCACACUUAGUGCCGAAAGGCUUAUAAGUGGCGGAGCGGCGGAAGUGAGGGGCGGCUAUGCUUUGAAAGAGACGAAAAGAGGAGAAAGCGAUAGAGAGAGAGAGAGAGAGAGAGGGAGAGAGAGAGGGAGAGACCACGACCAGACCACAGGAUGCGACUCCGCUGCAGGAGCAAAUCCCCGUAGACUUCCAAGGCAGCCGCCACUGUACAGCAGCACUGCUUCCCAACACGCAGAGAUAUAAGAUGAAUGACAGUCAGCGACCAUCACAGAGGAUGCCCACGAGGAACUUUCCUGCAGACAGAGGCCAGCUGAAAACCAGCACCUACAUUGUGCCCUGCUUUCUCUUCGUGGAGCUGGUGAUCAUGGCAGGGACCGUUCUGCUGGCGUAUUACUUUGAGUACACGGACACGUUCCCCGUGCACAUCCAGGGCUUCUUCUGUUUCGACAAAGCCUACUCGAAGCCAUACCCGGGACCAGAGGACAACAGCAAGGCGCCGCCGGUCCUGGUCUACUCCCUCGUCACCGCCAUCCCCACUGUGACGAUUCUGAUUGGGGAGGUGACGAGCUUCUUUGUGAAGACGGAGGGAUCUCAGGAGAAGACCAUAGUGACCGCUGACUGCUGUUAUUUCAACCCUCUCCUCCGGAGGAUCGUACGUUUUCUAGGCGUCUACUCCUUCGGUCUCUUUGCCACCACCAUCUUCGCCAACGCCGGUCAGGUGGUGACAGGAAACCAGACGCCUCACUUCCUGUCCGCCUGCAGGCCAAAUUACACAGCUCUCGGCUGCCAGUCUCCUCUGCAGUACAUCACAGAGAACCGAGCCUGCACAGGGAACCCUUACCUGGUGGUGUCCGCCCGCAAGUCCUUCCCCUCCAAAGACGCCGCGCUCAGCUUUUAUUCAGCCAUCUACACGGUGAUGUAUGUGACGCUGGUGUUUCGUACCAAAGGAACCCGUCUGAUGAAGCCCACUUUAUGCCUGGUGCUGCUGUCUCUGGCGGUGUUGGUCGGGGUGGUGAGAGUGACGGAGCACAGGAACCACUGGAACGACGUCCUGGCCGGUUUUGUCACCGGAGGGGCAAUCGCAGCGUUCCUGGUGGCAUGUGUGAUCAACAAUUUCAAGCCAACUAAGCUAGCGGCGCCGACCCCGGCUCCCCCUCCGCAGCGUCCUGAGCCCCCCAUCAGUCUGCCUCUCCUCAGCCUGCCCCGUGUGGAGAGUCCACUCGAAAAGUUAAGUGGUUUCCAGGCUCCAGGGUUACCAUAUUCUGAGAUCACAUGACCAUCAGCCAAACCUGCGCCCCGCCCCACCCGAUGUCCUCCUCCCCUCAAGACGUUGCCUCACCAGCUCAGUCUAGACCUGCCCCGCGAAAUCCCCCCGCCCUGCCCCGCCCACCCCGAAGGACGAAAACCUCUGCGACGAGUCAAAUCCACACAGGUGUAAAGCUUCACUAGGGACGAAGCCCGGACCCAGCGGGGGAACACAGACCUGUUGCCCCCUCACCCUGUGAUGCCCCGUUUUGGCCUUCAAGAUGGCCACCGUUUUCCUUUGGGCGUCAAAGACCCGUGACUCCUUAAAGCCAGAACUGCUAAAGCAAUACUGUGUCCUGUUUCCUUGCGGUUUUCCACAAAGAUUCAACGGUGACUCUAAAGACUGUUGGCUGGUGAUGACUUGAUAUUUACAAUCAAAUAAUAAUAAUUAAAAAAAAAAACCUCAGCUGAGCUGAGGGUCACAAGUGGAUUUUCCUCAAGAUCAUUUUGCUGUACUCAGGACAAUUAGGAGAACCAGCUGAAAGAAGAACACCUUCAUGUAAUAACCAUGCUGGUACCGUAUAGUAAUAUGGUACAGACUUCUAGUUCUGUACACAAAACAAAGAGAUGCUGUCGAGGGAGGAAGCACUUUUGUAAAUUAUAGCACAGAUGAACCAGUUUAACACUCAGUAAACAAUAUUGUACCUUUGAGUUUUGACUUUAAUCGUGCGAAGUGAUAGAAGACAGAUUUAUACGCACUAGGGCUUUGCUUUUGAUACUUUGCUUUUUUUUGUGUUUAUUCACUCCUGAAUCAGAUUGUCAUCAACUUUUCAGAACUAUAACAUUAAUGUUGCAGUGUGUGUUUCAGAUGUCUGUUAGUUUGAUGUCCACGCUGUGAAAAAAAUCCCCAUGUGGAGUUUUUAUUGUUCAGUAGAAGUAAAAAAAACAUACUUUAGUAUUUCCCAUAACCUAUUACCCAAACGUACGUCUCAUCUUUUCUCUAUUAAUGUACAUCUGAGCGAAGGACAACAAUGGUGGUGUUUCUCACAUUUACACUCGGUUGGAUUUACAAAUGCAUCAAACAGGAUUUUUAAAGGGAACAGCUGGCUGCUGUUUGAAUUAGGCAUGGAGCAGUAUGAGAUGCUCAUCCUAUGAUAACCUGGAGGAAGAUCUUAAGAUUCCACGGUAUCAAGGUAUUUAAACAAGAAUUCAAGGUAGAUAUGUCCGACUGCGGCUUCUGUAGGGUCUUAAAAAUACAUUUAACAAUCUUAACAUGUCUUAAAUACAGUACAUUUGAUUGAAUGUAUUUAUUUGUAAGUGUUGAGUAUUAAGUGAUACCAUCCACUUUGCAAAUGCCUUCCCCUAUAGCUGGACUUUUGGUUACUUAAAACAAUCAAAACAUAAAACAAUAUCUGAAAUACUAAAAAA